AUGAAUGCUGAAGAUAUAAACGCUGCGCUGUCUGAGGAUUCCUUCAAUUUCUCAGAAUUUGAUGAAGACAUUAUCGAUCCAUAUUUCAUUUUAGGUGAGUGUAGUGCAGAAAAUAAUGAUUUACAUGGAAUACAUCCAUUAAUAAGUAGUGACUCUGAACAUGACGAAAAUCUACAAGAAUGUAUGGUAGUCGGUUCUGCAUAUGUACAGGAUGGUUUUGAAAAUGAAGAUGAGGUCUCGGUAGAAAAUGAUGAGCAGGGAAGUUAA